UUUUUUUUUUUCUUUCGUUUUUAUCCUGCUGAUGAUAUGGAUCUUGAACAAGAAAACAAAUAUGGAGAUAAUGGUGAAGAACUUAUUAAUAAUGUAGUAGCCAAUAUUUUCUCUUUUGAUAAUGCUAGACGACAACGUAUGCUGGACGGUUUUUAUUUCCAAGAUGCUGUUUUUAUAUCACCACUUUUAUGUGUUAAAGGAAACUAUAAUAUUAAAAAUGUAUUCUUAUUAUGGAAGGCAUUGAAUCAACAGGAACCUAGUAUCGAUAAUGUUUGUUUUGAUGGUCAAACUUGUGUAGUCUACAUGACUCAAACUCUUCGACCUAGAUUGUUUCCUUGGGUUUCUUUACAAAUUCCCGUCAUCACUACUCUUUAUUUUAAAGAAACUGAUCUAGAUAGUGGUUUAUGGAAAAUAUAUCAACAUGAAGAAACUUGGACUAUUGAAGGUUUACUUGAAUCCGUUCCUUUAUUAUCAAGAUGGUAUGAUUACGUUAUAAGAACAAUGGCAGGCAAAGUAUUGGUAUUUUCUGGUCAAAUGUUAACAUCAGCAAACGAUACUGCUCAAUUGUUGAAUUCAAGGAGUCAAGAAAUUGAGGAUGCUACAAGGAAAUUAGCUCAAGAAAAUGCGGCUUCAUGGAAAUCAACUUCUUUUUACGAUGACAGUGAUUAUAAUCGAAAAAGCAAUAGUGAUCUUGAAUGAAACAAUAUUUAUUACUUUAAUUAUUUAAUAUUAUUCUAUAUUGUAUUUAUAUCCUAUUACAUACCAUCCCUAUUCUUUUUUUUUUAUUUGUCAAGGUAGAUACCAUAUUUUUUUAUAUACAUAUUAUAGUGAUUCAUUUUCUUUAAUAAAUAUUAAGAACAAACAAAGAUGCAAGUCUACACUGUACCUUUUUUU